UCUGGAAGUGGCAGCGACGGCGAAUGCAAGGUGACUGACGAGGCUCCAUCGUAUUUUGCAGACAUUAUGGCUGGUGUGACAGCAUCGAAGAUGAGACCGGCACCUUACACAAGUCUGCAUGCAGCUGAUCUAUACGCCGCGAGUAAUUCCUUCCGAUAUGAAGAGACUGGUGAUGUACUACAGGCUUUCCAGUCAGCCUUUGUUAUUCAGAAUAAUGACAACUUCCAAUAUUUGGACGUUGGCUGUGGAACCGGACAAUUCACUCAUGACUUCAUCUUGCCCAGCUGCCAGCCAUGCCGCAGGCUCGUGGCCGUGGAUGCCUCUAUACCCAUGUUGGAGUACGCCAAGCAACAUUUCCCACACAAGCUCAUCAAGUACGAGCACUUGGAUAUUGAAGGUGACGUCUCAAGCUUCGUCGAAGCACAUGGGCCCUUUCACAGGGUAUAUUCAUUCAAGCUUUUACACUGGGCAAAGGACCUACACCGUGCCCUUGCCAACAUUUCGGAGCUAAUGAUACCUGGCGGCGAGUGUCUACUUGUAUUUUUGGCUCGUGCCUUUGUCUUCGAGAGCUUCAGGCAUCUGAGUACCACGGAUCCCUGGAGGAAGUACGCUGAUAUUCUCCUGAGUUACAUCCCAGCAAGCCAUGACAUCCUGGACCCUUCCGAGCUACGGACAUACUUGGAUAGUGCAUUGGGAUCUGCAAAGCUGGUUACUUUAUCUGCCGAAGUGCUUUUAGAAGAUGGUGCAGGCAUACCACGCACAAGUGCAAUAGUGAUCCCGCAUCAUAUCACGCUACUCGCUGCACCUGCGCAGCUGCCCGCUGCUACCGGCGCGCACCGGUGGCGCCGAGCAGAGGUUAAGAGAUCAAAUGUGCCCUUUAAUAUUGUACUCCAGCUACACGCGAGAGCCACCUCGGCCUAG